AUGUCAGACGCAGCCGACAUCGAAGUCGUCGCGCCCGACGGGGAUCUUCUCCUGAUCGUCGGCGACGAGAAGAAGAUGCAGAAGAAGCUUCGAGUCUCCUCGCACACGCUCUCUAGCACGUCGCCUGUCUUCAAAGCGAUGUUUGGCCCGCACUUCCAGGAAGGACAGCAGCUGCGCGGUCCAAGCAACAGAGACCCGGUGGAGAUUCCACUGCCAGAUGACGACCCUCGCGCCAUGGUCCUGGUAUGCCAUCUACUACAUGGUCGUCAGUCGCCCACUGAAGACGAGAAGCUGGUGUAUCAAAUGGACAUUUUCGAGGUGGCUCUCAUCAUCGACAAGUAUAGGGUAGUCGACGUGCUCCACUGGCAAAUACGCGGAGUAUUCUCACAUUGGCUGUUCGACCUCGAUGAGGACGGCUAUACGGCGUUCUCAUUCGUGUCGACUGUUGCCGCAGCCUACCUGCUCAAUUGCGACGACGCCUACAACAGAGCUACCGCGUGCUUCAUCAACCACUGUGAAGAUGAGAUUACGGAGCUGGUAGAUUUACCAGACAUGAUCAACACCAUGCCCGCCCAGGUCCUUCGUGAGUUCUAUCACCGGAUGGUACAGCGUCCUUAG